AUGAUCAUAGCUGUCCCCACUGGAAUAAAAAUCUUUAGUUGGUUCGCUACCAUGUGGGGGGGUUUGAUACAAUACAAAACACCCAUGUUAUUUGCUGUAGGGUUCAUCUUUUUGUGCACCAUAGGAGGACUCACUGGAAUAGUCCCACCAAAUUCUGGGGUAGACAUUGCUUUCCAUGAUACUUAUUAUGUGGUUGCACAUUUCCAUUAUGUUGAUACUUAUUAUUUGGUAUGA